AUCGGUGCAGUGAGCUGAGCCUGCGGACGGUGCGAGGGCGCUACUUCCGAAACUGCUCUUCUGCGUCUAGAACGACGGACUUUACUUGGGUCGGGAUCAAUUUUUCUGUCAUCGACGCGCGCCUGCAUGCUGCUUCGCAGUUCACUGCUUGGUAGCUGCAGCCUAGUGCAGGCCGGUUGAUCUGUCCACAUGUGGUCGAAAAGAAAGCUUUUGAUUGCAGCCGCAAGUUCUGUCUUGUCUUGAUGAUUGAGUGACACGUCUUGGCAAGCUGCGGAAUGGAGCUGAACAGUCAAGCGAGCGGUUUCUCCCUCGCCCGUCGUGGUAGUAAUAUCGGUGCCGGCGUCGUAGGCGAUGAUGCUAAUAAUGGCGGAAACGGCCCCGACCUCGGGAGAGAGCAGCAGACGAGUUUCUCCGACUACACAGUACACUCGAUACGAGUAGCGCUCACCAAACCGUUGUUGCGAUUGACCAGGGCGAUUCGCUACAGGGGAACGAAGCGGCCGGCGUACGAAACGUCCGGACUGAAUCGGGUGACACGAUGCAAUGUCCGCCAUCAACUAAGUAUCCGUGAGAAUGCCCUGUUUGCGGCAGCAGAGUCCAACGAUGUUGAGCUCCUGGAAAGCAGCGUACGGUACAUCCAACGUCGGGAAGCCAAACAGCGAGGACGGCUGCGGCAAGACGAGACCGAUGGCACGCUCCCGUUACCGGGACGAUCACGCCGUGCAUCGUUGAAGUUCGAGGAUCGCACCGACCUGGGAGGCACGGCGUAUCACAUAGCCCUUCAGAACAACAAUAUGGAUGUGGCAUCACGCUUACUGAUGAUCUACCCCGAAUAUGUCAAUAUGACGUACACAGGACCGCUCAAUGAAGGCCAGCAUCCAUUGCACAUCGCUGUCGUCAACCAAAACCUCAAAUUGGUCAAAGAACUUGUAGCAUUUGGUGCCAACGUGAAUGAGCCACGCUGCACUGGGCAGUUCUUCAACCCGUCCUCUAAACAUUGCCAAGUGUACUGGGGUGAGCAUGUUUUAGCGUUUGCCGUUUGUCUCAACCAAAAGGAGACUGUUGAAUACCUCAUUGGGGCUGGAGCAGACAUCAACGCGACCGAUAACCGGGGGAACAACAUCUUUCACUUGCUUGUUUUGCAACAUGAUCAAGCGGCAUCUGUCGACAUGUUCAAGCAUAUCGUGGACAGCCUUGGAGUUGGCAGUCAUUUGGAGGAUGAGCAAAACAAAAAUGGAAUGACGCCCAUCCAGCUGGCGGCUAAGGAGGCAAAUGCUGGGUUUUUCCGAGAGUUGGUACACCGACGUCGGCAUGUUCACUGGACAUAUGGACCGAUAACAUCGUGUGUCUAUUCACUGAAAGGCAUCGAUACCCACGAGGAGAAAUCAAGUGUCCUGGAACUGCUUGCACUCAAUGACAAGCCUCAAUCCGUGGAGCUGAUCCGCAUGUCGCCCAUCAAGGACAUCCUGGACGCCAAGUGGCGCCAGUUCGGCUACUUCUACUUCAUCAUGUGGUUCCUGGUCUACCUGACAAACAUCAUCAUCCUCACCGUGGUGGUGCGUACCCGCCCGGUCUAUUGUCCGUGCAACACCUCCGCUCUCAUCGACUACGACGAGAACAACGUGAGAAGCGUGCAGCUGAACACGACGUCCUUUCCGGCCGAGGACACCUGCGGGCUAGGUGAGCUACCUGACGGCGUGCUGCUGAGCAAUCUGAGCGAAUCGUGUGAGCUGACGUGCUUUCCGAAGAAGAAACGUCGAAUCUUUGGCACAGGCGAAGAGCAGGCAUAUCGUACAAAUGCUGACUUUGCCCGUUUGGCGGGUGAGGUACUGGUGAUCAUCGGCGUGAUGAUCAGCCUCUGCUAUGAGGCUCCAGAUCUCCGGCGGAGAGGUUACAGGAAGUACUUUACCAAUUUUGGAUCUGGCUCCUUUCAGGCUCUCAGCUGGGUUUAUGGUUUUCUCAUCUUCAUCAGCGUCAUAUUACGCCUUGCGGAAAAUGACGAUGAAGAGAUAACACUGUCGUUUGCUGUAGUCCUCGGCUGGUUCUUCAUUCUGUUCUUCGCGCGAGGGUUUCGCUUUCUUGGGCCAUACAUUGCCAUCAUUCAGGAGAUUCUCCGAACAGACACGUUGCGUUUUCUUAUGAUCUUCGGUGUAACAAUCAUCAGCUUUUCUGGAGUCACUCAUGCCACUUUCAAUGAAGCUCGCCCGAAGACACCGGAAGGGUUCUUUGCGCUCGGCGAUAUCUUCAUUUUCCUGUUCCGCUUGGCUAUCGGUAUCACUGAGUUUGACGUGCAGCUGUACCGCUCAGCUCCACAGCCUGGCUGGGCGAUCGCGUUCCUGAUCACCUACGUCCUACUUGGCUUUCUGCUACUCAUUCAGUUGCUGAUCGCUAUGAUGAAUGCCACGCAUCAGCGCGUCGAGGGUGUUCGCGGAGGUGUCUGGGAAAAGCAGCUUGCUUCUCUUAUACUGCUGUUGGAACGGCGAGUGCCGAAGCGCCUGCGUAUCAGAACGGGCUUUCCUGGCAAGCACUAUUCGCUGGGGUCUGGGCCAGACGAUGACAGGUGGUUCAUUCGGGUCGUGGAGCACGGCGUCAUGAAGAAGAUAACACGCGCCGCGGAGGUUCCGUACAGCAAGAAGCGGCGCAUCGCCGUCAGGCGCAAGCAAGAGCACAAGAAGACUCUGCGUGGAGAGCGCCUGAAGUACUCACAGACGCUGAGCCAGAGUCAGUUGGUUGACAAUUCGAUUGAUCACGGAUUUGUAAACUUGACCGCAGUGCCCGAAGCCGGCCCACCUGAAGCUGUGAGCGCACCUGAAGCAGCCAGCGACGUGGCUCAAUUAGUCUAAAAACACAUUCCUUGCAGAUGAUGUAUUUGACGUGGCUGCUAGGAACCAUCCCUUCUGUUGGGCACUGUUGCUUAGAGGUGCCUGCCUGCUGCUGCUGCCGCCGCCGCCGCUGUGACCGUUUUGGCAUAAUUAUGAUGUCAUGGCAAAAGUAACUGGUAUGGAAGAGUUACCAGCCAGCAAGAUGACUUUAGACAAGUAUUACAGUUCUACUAGGACGGUCUGGUAGAACUAGAAUUUCCCCACUUGAAGACGAAAAGAAGAAUUCUGUAAAAUGAUAACCUCCGGCACGUUGAAGUUUGUUGGAAAACUAUGAUUUUUUAUAGACUUGGGAGACUGGGACUUGUGGAACUUCUAUUUCCUUACUUGAGCAUUGCAGUCCCUUUCUUCAUUGUGUGCACAUUCUUUCUCUUCUUUUUGUUUGUUUGUACUUGUACAAUGGUUCUCAGAACAAGACUUCAAGUACUACGAACGUGUUCCAUCGAAGCAUUCAAAAACAGUGACAAGCAAAGUGAA